GUGAGACCGUGAGAGUCUCCCUCUUCUUUGAGAGCUUCUCGCCGGCCGUGUGCGACUGUGCAACUUUCUCCGAUCUCCUCUUUGAGCCGCCGGUGGCAGACCCUUGCUCCUUUUCUCCCUUCUUUUCCGCUGCCCUCUUGCUGGUUUGACCCUUUUCACCACCCUCUGGUUUCGUUGCCCAGAUGCCCCGAUUUCACUCCACCCUUCCCUCCACCUCCAUGAUUUCCAACAAUCAUUUCCCUUUCCAUUCCCAUUGCAUCGUCUCCCCAUCGAUCCCGCAAUCCGAUUCUGCAUGCAGUAAUCAACACCGCCAUUUUUUUUUUCGAUUUACGAGGAAGGUGGGUGGUUGGGGUUUUUCCCACGUCGGCGUUGGGGGAUGGAAGUCGUUAGGAUUUCUUUGGGGUUUUCUUUUGGCUUGGGCUCACAACUUUCAGCUGGGUUGUAACUCGGGGUCCGUAACCGAUUUCGAGCACGUUGAUCAUAUGCGCUGCACUGAGUUAGGUCCCCCAUGUCCUUUGGAUGGCCGUAUCGACCGGUGAUGGACCAUGUUUCAUCAGAUAGUAAUCAGAACUGACCAGUCCCAGCUCGCCAGCUGCGCACCAAGAUAUCGCUUUCUACUACGAGCCAGCCUGGAUGAGGAUAAUGGUUUCCUCUAACAUACGCUGCGCCUCGACAACUCAUACGCCUUCCCCUCCGACUAUUAUAUAGCUCACUCUCUCUCUCGCUCCUUAGCCUCUUCAAGCUAUGAACUUCUGUUAGUUUUACUGUAAUUUGCUGAGUGAACAAUGAUGGCAGCGGUUACUAGGAUGGAGUCCAUAUUGCUUGGAAUUAUUCUUACCUCUUUUGUCGUGUUGAGCUUUUUGGCGAAUGGGAAUGCAGCAGGAAUUACGAGUACUUUCUUACGAUCUGAGUAUCCAGCGGUUGAUAUGCCUCUGGACCAUAAAGUAUUUGCGGUGCCAAGGGGUUACAAUGCUCCACAACAAGUGCAUAUCACCCAAGGUGACUAUGAUGGAAAGGCUGUAAUCAUCUCAUGGGUUACGCCUGAUGAACCAGGGGAUAGUAAAGUGCAGUAUGGUACAUCAGAGAAAAAAUAUGAGUUUUCUGCUAAGGGCGUCAUGACAAACUACACCUUCUAUCACUAUAAGUCUGGCUACAUCCAUCACUGUCUUGUUGGUGGCCUUGAGUAUGACACAAAGUACUAUUACAAAAUUGGAAAUGGCAGUUCAUCUCGAAAAUUUUGGUUUACAACACCUCCAAAGGUCGACCCAAAUUCUCACUACACAUUUGGGAUCAUAGGUGAUUUGGGUCAGACGUUUAACUCUCUGUCAACUCUUGAGCACUAUAUGAAUAGUUCAGGACAGGCCGUUUUAUUUGUCGGAGAUCUUUCCUAUGCUGAUAGAUAUGAGUAUAAUGACAUAGGUUUACGGUGGGACACAUGGGCUCGAUUCGUUGAGCAAAGUACUGCAUAUCAGACAUGGAUGUGGUCUGCUGGCAAUCAUGACAUUGAUUACAGGCCUAUUAUGGGAGAAGUUACUCCAUUCAAGAACUAUCUUCACCGGUAUGCUACUCCUUAUCUGGCCUCUAAUAGUAGCAAUCCUCUUUGGUAUGCCAUCAGACGUGCAUCAGCUCAUAUAAUCGUGUUGUCCAGUUACUCCCCAUUUGGUAAUUGUACAUUCCUACACUUUCAAAUAUGUGAACAUACACUUUCUAUUUUGUGCCAGUACACCUUACAUCAAUUAUUAAUUUUGUCACCAGUGAAGUACACGCCUCAAUAUAUGUGGCUAGCAGAAGAAUUGGAAAAGGUUGACAGGGAAAAGACACCUUGGCUCAUAGUCCUUAUGCAUAUUCCAAUGUACAAUAGUAAUGACGCUCAUUUCAUGGAAGGUGAAAGCAUGCGAGCGGUGUUUGAGAGUUGGUUCGUUCAAUACAAAGUUGAUGUGGUGUUUGCUGGCCACGUCCAUGCUUAUGAGAGAUCGUAUCGUAUCUCCAAUAUACAAUACAAUGUAACGAGUGGUAUCUGUUACCCCAUACCAGACAAAUCAGCUCCUGUAUACGUAAAUGUUGGAGAUGGAGGGAACAAUGAAGGACUGGCUGCGCGGUAUAGAGAUCCACAACCAGCUUAUUCUGCAUUCCGAGAAGCAAGCUACGGGCAUUCCACGCUUGAGCUUAUAAACAGGACACACGCACUCUACCAUUGGAACCGCAAUGAUGAAGGGAAGAAAACCGCAGCGGACGCAUUUGUAUUCCACAACCAGUACUGGCGAGCAUAGCCAUACGGUAUUCAUGUUUUUGGUGCCAAAACAGCGAGCGAUCACUUUUCGGUAAUGCAGGGGUACGAAUCACAGGACUGAAGAAGCAUAAUGUUAGGAAGUUAAUGAACGAAAUUGCUAUGUAUUGAUAAAUAAUCGGUAACGUCGAUCGGGCUUUUGCUCGAUUGAUAUCUCAUUGAAGAAUGCAGAGAUGCUGUAAUAGCUUGUAUCGAGACGGACGUAAUAGCUAUGGAUUUUUAAUUUUGUUUUCGACUA